AUGCUUCUUGGAAGCCAAUGCCGCCUACACAGGCGAUUAAGCCAGAUUGCUGGCAGCAUACGGAGAUAUAGUUCUGAAGAACAGCUCAAAUAUGUUCAGAGGAAGAGGGUCGUGGCGCAGAAUCCCGCUCAGUUCUAUCCACCCAUCACCACCACCAGAUCCAAUUCGCCUGUUCUACGAGUCCCAGAUUUCGUAAGGAAGUUUGAAGGAACGAAUUUUGAAAGUUAUCCACAGAAGAGGCUACCUGAUACAGUGCAGUUAGAGGGCAGGGUGAAGUCAGUGAGAAAAGCUGGUAAAGCGUUAUUCUUCCUUGACAUCGUUCAAGACGAUGUGGAGGUUCAGAUAUGCGCCUCCAACAAACUACUAGGGAGCAUGGGCAAGGACGAGUUCUCCGAAAUACACUCAUUUAUACGAAAAGGUGAUCAUGUUCUGUGCGUGGGCUUUCCUUCCGUCACUAAUGUGGGAGAAUUGACACUCAAGGUGAAUUCCCCAAUACGCAUCUCCAGCCCUUGCCUUAAUUUGGCAACAUUGCCUGACAAAGUCACUGAUAGGCAGCUCAUCAACGCCAACAGAGUCAUGAACUACUUGGUGAACGACCAGCUGAAGCAGCGCAUCCUCAUCAAAGACACUGUGACACAGUCUAUCCGAAAGUUUCUUUUAGACGACGAUUUUACCGAAGUUAACACUCCUUUGAUUGCCGGUGCAGGGACUGGUGCAAAUGCAGAGCCGUUUCAAACUAACCUGAAGGCCGUGCCUGAUGAAAAGUUGCUGCUUCGAGUUGCCCCAGAGCUCUGGCUCAAGAAGCUUGUCGUAGGUGGCUUUGACAAGGUGUUUGAGAUAGGUCCAAACUUCCGUAACGAAGGCAUUGAUGCCACACAUAAUCCCGAGUUCAUGACCUGCGAAUUUUACCGCUCACACACAUCCUUGAGCGAGUUGAUGAAGAUGACGGAGGGCGUUUUCACUGCAAUUUACAAUGGGCUUUCCCAAAAAGUGCAAAAGAUAUCGAUUCUAAAGGAAACGUUGCCCGAACUCACCUCCUUGCAACAGGGAAAUUUUGCGAAGUAUGAAUUUGUGCCUACGCUUGAACAGAAAACUGGUAUCAAACUUCCAGAGGAGCUCACUACAGAAUCACUCGUGGCGUACCACAGAGAGGCUGAUAUCGCACUUCCCUCCACCAAAUCUCCCGCCAGCCUUUUAGAUAAUCUCAGCAGCAGGAUCCUUGAGGCGAUUUCUCUUGAAAACCGCAAUCAGCCGAUCUUUAUCUACAAUCAGCCCGCGGUGAUGUCGCCAUUGGCUAAGUCCGCGCUUGUGGGCUAUGACGGCCGAAAGUACGAGGUUUCCAUGCGUUUUGAGCUUUUCAUCAACGGCAAGGAGUAUGUCAAUUCAUACGAAGAAGAAAACUCUCCCUUUUCACAGGCUGAAAAAUUCCGGCUCCAGCAGCAGGCUAAGGCCGAGUACAAUGACGACGAGCUGCUUAUACCAGAUUGGAACUACGUGAAACUGAUGGAGUACGGGUUGCCUCCUACGGGCGGAUGGGGGUGUGGUAUCGAUCGACUCAGCAUGUUGUUCAGUGGAACUAAUAGAAUCGAGGAUGUGUUGACUUUUGGUGUGCUCAAAGAUGUGGUGAGGCAGUAG